GAUAAAUUAAAAAAAUGGCGGACGUUCUCGAUCUUCACAACGAGGGAGAAGAAGAAUUGGAUUUUGACGAGGAUGCCGAAGGGGAUCAGGGUCUACUCAAGCUGAAAGAAAAGGUGAAGAAGAGGAAAGGGCGAGGGUUCGGUGGUGAUAGGACAGAAACAAAGAAUGAUGUACAGGAGUAUGAGGGUAUGGAGGUUGAUGCUGAGGGGGGUCCAGGGCCACAGAGAUCCGUUGAGGGAUGGAUUCUGUUCAUCACCAAUGUACAUGAGGAGGCACAAGAAGAUGACAUCUAUGACAAGUUUGCUGAACAUGGGGAAAUAAAAAAUACACAUCUCAAUCUAGACAGACGAACAGGUUUUCUAAAGGGUUAUGCCUUGGUAGAGUAUGAAACGUUCCGUGAAGCACAGGCAGCUAUUGAGAGCUUGAAUGGUACAGAUAUACUUGGUCAACAGGUCAAUGUAGAUUGGUGUUUCGUUAGAGGACCAGCUGGCAAGAAAAGUUCAAGGAGAAGAUCCAGGAGAGAUUCUGAUGGAGACAGGAGGAAAAGAUAACAUAAGAUAACAUUAGAUAACAUAAGAUAACAUUAGAACAUUCAACUCAUACCUUCCAACCUCAGAGAGCUAAGGAGAUCAGCAUCUCAUUCCAUAUAUUUGUUUGAGAAUUAUGAUUAUUAAAAUCAUACAUCCCAAUUUUCUAUACAGUUGUAAGAGGAUCUAAAUCAUAUUUCAAGAUGAUCUAAAUCAUAUUUCAAGAUGAUCUUAAUUUUAUUUUCCAAUGUUUGGUUGAGAGGUCUAAUGAUCAACUUUUAUUCUCUUUUGGAAUUUAUUUAGAUGAUCAAGAGGUCUGAUGUCAAUGCAAAUGUUGGUUUUGAUUUUCUAACAUUUACAUCUGUCAUAAGAUAAGGGAGAUUAUAAUCAUACCUCUCAACAUAGUCCGAGGGAAAUCUCUGACUCUGAGUGAAGAAGACAUUGACUUAUUGUAAAUAUUGUCUAUAUACAUUUUUACAGUGCACAUACUCAUUAAAAUAUCAUAGCUGUGAAGGACAGUCUAUUUAUGGAACAGGUAUGGACUGUUCCGCAUAAAUGUCCAGUUAAAGGGAUGGGAUUUCAUUUGAUUUGAAUAAAUCUCAUUGGUCUGUGCAUCUUACCUUAAUUUGACAGUGUUUCCAUUGAAAUGUUAUUAUUAAGAAAUCAUGCAUUUAAUUUGUUUUAGUUCUGAAAAGGGAAAAUGAUACAA